CUGGUCAGCCGUGACGGCUUGUAGAGGAGGGGCGGGAGCCCGGGUGUGAGCAGAGGCGCAGGCGCAACAGGAAAGGGAGGGGGAGGGACUACGGGCCAUGUGACUGUUGUUACGGAAGCCCGGCGGGCAGCGGAUGAACGAAGCGCGGAAACGGUGGGAGGUGAAAAUGAGCCUGGAUAAAACGGAGCUUUGCGACAGUCUGUUAUUAUGGCUCCAGACGUUCCGUGUGCCAUCGCCUUGUGCCACCAAGGAACAUCUGACCAGCGGAGUUGCAAUUGCCCAGGUUCUUAAUCAUAUUGAUCCCUCCUGGUUUAAUGAGGCCUGGUUAGGUCGUAUUAAGGAAGACAUCAGUGACUGGAGGCUGAAGGUUAGCAACUUGAAGAAAAUCCUUCAGAGUAUUUUGGAGUAUUACCAUGAUGUGCUGGGACACCAGAUUUCUGAGUACAAUCUGCCAGAGGUCAAUCUAAUAGGAGAGCACUCGGAUACAGCAGAGCUUGGCCGAAUGCUACAGCUUGUGCUGGGCUGUGCUGUCAGCUGUGAGAAAAAGCAAGAAUACAUCCAGCACAUCAUGACACUUGAGGAGUCUGUACAACAUGUUGUAAUGACAGCCAUUCAGGAGCUUUUGACCCGGGACCCUUGUGAACCAGCACAUAAUGACAGCUACAGUGAUGUGGACUGCCAGUUGAAGAGAUUCAGCUUGUGUGAUGAGGUAGAAUCAAGAGAUGAGCUCUCUCAGCGCUGUCACGAACUCAAUCUUCAGGUUGCAACUCUGCUGGAGGAAAAGAACAGUUUACUAGCAGAGAACAAUGUUCUGCGUGAGAGGAUGAGCCAGGCGGACUCUCUGGAGGACUCGACCAAUGUCACCAACAAGAAGCUGCUGCUACUGCAGAGCCAGCUGGAGGCACUACAGGAGGAGAAUUACAGGUUGGAAGCCAUGAAAGAUGACUUCCGUAUCCGGUGUGAGGAGAUGGAAAAGGAAGUGCUGGAAUUACAGCACAGGAACGAUGAGCUCACUAGCCUGGCUGAGGAAUCCCAGUCUCUCAAAGAUGAAAUGGACGUAUUACGGCAUUCCUCAGACAAAGUUAGUAAGCUGGAGGCCACUGUGGAGGCCUAUAAGCGGAAGCUUGAGGACUUGGGAGAUCUGCGUCGACAAGUCAAGCUGCUGGAGGAGAGAAGUACUAUCUACAUGCAGAAGACCUUUGACCUGGAAGAGGAGCUGAAAAAAGCAAAUACUGUACGCAGCCAAUUGGAGGUUUACAAGAAACAGGUCCAUGAGCUUCACAACAAGCAUACAGAGGAGUCAAUGAAAACAGAGAAGUGGCAGUUUGAGUUCAAACACCUACAGGAGAAACACGAUGCCCUGCUGAAAGAGAAGGAGAGAUUAAUAGUGGAACGUGAUGGCCUCAGAGAAACCAAUGAGGAGCUGAGAUGUGCACAGGAACAGCAGAAUUUCUUGAGUAAGGCUGCAUCUGAUGAAGAUUUAUCUGUGGGGAAUCUUGCAGCAGAGAUAGUCCCUGCAGAGCUCCAGGAGAAAGUUAUACGGCUGCAGCAUGAGAACAAGAUGCUGCGUGUACAGCAAGAGGAGACAUACAAAGAUCGAUUAACAGAAUUCCAGAGCGUUCUGGAUGAUGCCAACAGACACACUCACAAACUGGAGAAUGAAAACAGGCUGAACCAACAGCAAAUCACUGAGUUACGGUCACAGGUAGAACAGCUCCAGAGGGCUCUACAGGAACAGGGCAGCAAAGCUGAAGAUGCCAUUGUAAGUAUAUCAGCAGUUGGAUGUUCACCCAGAAUGAGCAUACAGAGAAAAGAUGCACAGUCUAAUUUGCUGAAGCGGAAACUGGAUGAACAUUUGGAAAGACUACACGAAGCCCACACUGAACUACAGAAAAAACGGGAAUAUAUCGAUGACCUCGAGCCCAUGGUUGACAGCUACACAGCCCGUAAGAUUGAUGAGCUGCAAGAGGUCUUAAAGAAGAAAGAUGAAGACAUGAAGGCUAUGGAAGAGCGCUACAAGAAGUACCUGGAGAAGGCACGGACAGUGAUUCAAACUCUUGAUCCUAAACAAACUCCAGCAACUGCUCCUGAAGUACAAGCCUUGAAGAAUCAGCUCUAUGAAAAGGAGGUUAAGAUUCAGUUGUUAGAGAACGAUUUUGAAAAAAACAAAUCCCAAAGAGAUCAAGAGGAGAAAUUGAUCAUCAGUGCAUGGUACAACAUGGGAAUUGCUCUCCACCAGAAGGUAACAGAUGAGCGGUCUCGAGGUCCUGGCCAAUCACAGUCGUUCUUGGCUCAGCAAAGACAAGCCACUAAUGCACGCCGGGUUUACCCGAAGCGGCUCCCACGAUAAGUGUGAAAAGUAACUGCAGUACUCAACUCAUCCUCAGUCCAAAACCUGACUAUUCUGCUCCAAAACAUUAAUGAGUUUAUCAUUUUCACACCCCACCCACACCCUUACAAGGUUCUCAACUGACCUGCUGGGGUGUUCUUAUGGUUUUCUCUGCCGUUGCAAUCAGUGAAGGGUUGGAGGUAGAAUCAUGGUGAUUUGUCUGGGGGGAAAUCAAAAGUGAUAUUGUGCAGAUGCUGAACUUCUGAAAUAAAGACAGUGUCAGAAGUGCUCAGAAAUUUCAGGGAACAUCUGUCAGGGAUCUUCAAUCAUCAGGUAGGUGUACUUGUCAGACCUGAUAAUGGACUGGCAGGUGACUGGACAAACAGGGUUUUUCAUGGCCCAUGACUUCCUCAUCAUUGUCUUUUCUCCCUUUACUGAUGAUCCUCAGAGACUCUGACCAUUUCUCACUCCCCACUGAUCACCACAACACCUACCCAGUCGAUCCAAGUUUGAUGGGAAGCUGUAGGGAAUUGAUUGCAAACGGGCUGGCCAUUGUGAGUUUGCCUUUCGGAUAACACUAAAAUUGCAUAGUACAUUAAGUCCUUCAGUGAUUUUUGCUUUCUUUCUAAGAUCCAUACUUCAUAUUAAAAUGGAGAGAGUGUGUGAGUUCUAUUGGUAACCCUUCAAGCGCAGUUAUAUAUCUGAGUAGUAACAACAGGCAACUCAGAAAGAUGGGUAGAACCAACUCAGAAACACAAGUGGCAUCAUCUUAGCCUGGAAUACAUGCACUUUACUGAUAAUGGUACCUGGUAAAUUUUAACAAAGCGUGUGAAGCUGGCGGAAUUCGCCCAGCGUUUCACUGCCAUGGAAAUAUGCUCUCCCCUUAAAUUGCGUAUUUUUUCUCUCCGCCUACUGCUGAAGAAAUUCUUUUUAAUGAUUCUCUUGUCCUUCUGGAUAAGUAGUGGAUGUAAUUUUACUGUUUUUUUUUCUGGCUAAUUGAUAUUUAUGUGUUUCUUGUUGCUGUAAGGGGGUGAACUGUCAAAUGACCAUAAUGGAGGACAACUCUUCGAAGAAAAAUUUUAGUUUCAAUCUAAAUAUUUUGUAACAUGCAUCUGUAUCGAGCAGCGACACUAGGGAUGUAUUAUGGAGACUAGAAUCUUCACUUGUUAAUUUAAAUAAAGAUUUUGUCCUUUAUAUAUCUA